AUGCUGGCGCUCAAUAUUGUUCUAUAUGCCCUUUGGGGCACAUCGUUAGCCUUUGCCCUUAUCGAGCUGGGUCUGUCAGCCUAUGUCACUUCUGCAUAUUCCGGCACGCAAGAAGUCGCAACCUGGAGUGCAUAUUCGGGCUAUUCGUACACGGACUUUCAAGUGAAGCCCCCGGGUAUCAUCAUAUUCCUUGUCUUCUCUUCGUGUUGGACUGUCCUUGUGACGAUUGCCGCCCUCUUAGUGCCGUGGUACUAUAGCCGCAAGGGCUUCAUGACUGCAAAGCUCAACACUGUCCUUGCUGCUACCUUCGUGGCCAUUUACUUUGUCACCAUGGUAUUCUGGCUGGCCUGCUUCGCUGACAUCGCCAACAUUCUUACUGGUGUCACAAGCAUCAACCCUUACUUUAGUGCCAUAAUUGCCUUUGCCGUACUUCUUUGGCUACUUUUUGUUGCCCUGCUUGUCUUCACUAUUCUUGCCAUGUGCGGUAUUCUGGUGUCUGACUGGCCUGGAUACCAGUCGGUCAGGAAGGAGAAAGCAGUCGCUGCGAAUGCUGGGGCUUCUCACGGUGAGCCAAUGACUGAACAGCCAAACCCUUAG